ACAGCACAGUAGGUGGCGCUAAUGCAUUACUCAAGUUUGCAAACAGCGAUGCAGAAGGAAGACCGUUGUUCGAUUAACCGCUGUGCUUUUGGGAAAUUGAGUGUUCGUUGUAAUCAAACUCGUGUUGAUCGUGAAUUUUACAAUAGGUCUUAUAUAACCAGGCGUUUUUAAAUUUAUUUAGGCUUUUAAAAUGCUUUAUUAAUAGUGCUGUUGUAAUAAGCCACCCAGUAGCUUGCCAAGCACAAAGUGAUUUGUUUAGCUGUUAGCUGAGUGUUUAAAUGAGCGUUUGAGUCAUGUUGCUAGAUGUGCUACAGGGAGCGGAGGCUGGAGGAUUCACACUCAUUCAAGAUACUGUCAAAUGCAGCGGUCGGGGAAUCCUCAAGUGUUUUAUUAACGCAGCAUUGAAAAGGGGCGAGGACGUACAUGUGCUGGGAUUUGAGGCGAGUGAAACAGAAGUGUGUGCUGGCUUGGACAGCAGCUGUGUGCAGAAGCUUCAUUUUCAUAAGGGUUUCCCUGAUCCCCUCGGCUGGAUGUGUAAAUCUUCUUUCACCGUCGAUCAGCUCACUUCUCAACACAUAACUAAGCUCAUCAAAGACACGCAGCAUGCCAAAGCAUCAGUACUUGUUAUUGACUCCCUCUCAUUUGUUUUAAGACAUCAUGACCCUGUUGUCAUCUGUCAAAGACUUCAGGAGCUCAGAAAAGGAGGAGAUAUUAAAACUAUUAUCGGUGUCCUGCAUUCAGACUUGCAUCUGCAAGGUGUUGUAGGUAUUGUAAGUCACUUAGCCAGUACUGUUAUCUCUUUGGCACCUGCAAACUAUGAACAUCAUGCUAUGGCUAUGACCACACGACGCACAAAGUCGGGCAAAGUUAUGCAAGAGGAAGAGUAUUUCAGCGUGUCUGAGGAUGCAACCCUUUCUGUGCGGGCCAAACCCCGUCAACCUGGGCAUGUACAGAAAGAGCAAGAUGUAGCGGGGGCUGAUCCAACAUCAAACUUGACCUUCAAUCUACGCCUGUCUGAGGAGGAGAGAAAAGCCAAGGAGAAAGUGGCACUGCCAUUUGUAUUUAGCCAAGAGAAAAAAUCAGCUCUUCUGAGGCCGACUCCUGGCUCGGGACGGAUCGUGUACGAGCCUGAUGCCAGCGAUGACUUUGACGAGGAGGAUCCAGAUGAUGAUCUUGAUGUGUGAAUGAAGACAGCCUACAUCAUGACCUAAAUCUGGGAAUGUCUAUCCAUCUUUAUAAAUUAUUUAUUUAUGAUUCUUUAUUUUAUUAUGAGUCAAAUAGUCUAAGGCAGCAUGUCUAUCAGCUAUAACAAGACUACGCUUGAGAAUGUUGUUUUGACAGAUAUGAAUUGAUGAACCAGAGUUCUUAGUAAUGUUACGCAGUUUUUGUAUUGGUGGAUAAAAAAAAAAAACACACUCAUGGGUCAAUGACAUGACCGGUCAUUUUUUUUUUUUUGUCCAAAGGCCUUAAUAAUAAUAAAAAAUAAAGAUAUGACGUCCAAAGUGUAAGGUAGUACAACUAGAUCUCUUUUGUGAAUCCAAAAAGGUUUUAAUUAUAUUUUCCUACAUAUAAAUGUAUUUUAAAGAUUUUGAAGUGUCAAAAGGCCAAUACAGCCAUUUCAUUUGUGAUUAAAACAUCUUAAAAUGUAAUAAAAAGGUAUAUAUUUUAUUCUGGCAUGAUUUUAUAACAUCAUAUAUCAACAUGGUAUUAAAAUUAUGUGUAGAAGUUGCUUUGUUAUGAGAAAGAAUGUCUGGAAAAAUGAAUUUUAUUGAUGUCAUUCGGAGUAACCAAUAUAAAGGGACCAUUGUGGAUCAAGUCAUGCAGUCAAUAUCAUAUGACAGGAUGUGACAUCAUUCAGACACCUGCAAAGGACCACAUGGUCCUGAAGCAAAAGCUAACUCUCUUAACUAUUUGAAAAAUUCAUGUUUUCACUUGCUCAUACGCAUGUCCCGAAACAUCAGGUCAUUCGGUACAGCCGCUAUAAAACGGAAAAUGUUGUAAUAUUUUAAAAACUUGUAUUAAAUAUAAAAUGUUUGAUUGUCCUUUUGUUAGCUAGCUAGCUAGAUAUCAGUCUGUUAGCACUGUUUGAAAAUAUCGUCAUUCGGUAUAACCAAGAGUGUCAUUCGGUAAAACCGAAAUUUUGGUUAAACUGAAUGGCUUUUUGGUGACAAAUUUUGUCCAUCUUGUAAAAAAAUGACAAAAGCAGUUUUAAUUGAUUAUAAAAUCCACAUAAUCUCAUUGUUAACACUUAAUAAAACUUCAGAAUUAA